CAGGCGAUAAUUUAAUAAGCCAGUUUAAACAAUAACCUUUGGCCAAAUAAAAAUCAUACCUAAUUUUGUAUUUGCAGAAUUUAAUAAAAUAGUAUUUACAUUUUAUAAAAACGAAAGUGAAAUGUCGAUAAAAGGUGAUGAAAAACGCGAUGACUUAAAUGACGAUGGUGCUAAUAAUGAUGGUAACAAUAGUGAUGACUCUGUGGAAUUUAUUGGAACUAUAAAAGAUGAUGAUAUUUGUGAACUGGAGCAUUUAAGAAAACUAUUUAUUGGUGGUUUAGCCCCAUACACCACAGAAGAUAGUCUCAGAAAUUUCUACAGCCAGUGGGGCAAAGUGGUCGAUGUGGUUGUAAUGAAAGAUCAAGAUACCAAGAGAUCAAGAGGUUUCGGCUUUAUAACCUACACCAAAGCCUUCAUGGUAGACAAGGCCCAAGAUAAUCGUCCACAUAUUAUAGAUGGCAAAGCUGUCGAAGCUAAACGUGCUUUACCACGUCCAGAACGUGAGGCACAAGAAAAUAAAAGUGCAUCAGUUAAAAAACUAUUUGUUGGUGGUCUCAAAGACAAUCAUGAUGAAGACUGCCUAGAGGAGUAUUUUUCACAGUUUGGAAAAGUUGUAUCGAUCAAAAUUCUUACCGAUAAAACCACGGGCAAACGUCGUGGUUUUGCAUUUAUCGAAUAUGAUGAUUAUGAUGCUGUGGAUAAAGCUAUAUUACACAAAACUCAUUCCAUUAAAUACGUGGUGGUGGAUGUAAAAAAAUCCAUUUAUAGCAAAGAGCUACAAAAGAAAAACGCUCUACAUCAUAAUAACGACGGUGGCAAUAAUAUGGAAAAGGACAAUAAAAUGUCUUCGCAGGGAAAUUAUAGAAAUAAUGCGCCUUUACAGCCGCCAUCACAUCAACCACCACCAAACUACAAUCAGUGGGGACCACCUGCACCACCUAUGCCCUCGCAAAAUUAUGGCUGUUAUCAACAACCACCCAUGCCUCAACCACCGCAGCAACAACAAGCUCCCCAUUGGAAUUAUCCAGCAGCACCAAAUACAUGGAACUCACCACCACAACCACCUGGAAUUCCCCAACCCCCUCCACCGGCAUGGAAUAACAAUCAAUGGGGUUAUCCACCACCAAAUGUACCGCCAUGUCCACCCGGUCCCAUGCCCCCAAAUCAAAUGCCUCCACCCGGUACUCAACCACCACCAAACUGGCAACAACCACCAGCAGUACCACCAAUUGGACCACCCCCACCACAUCACCAACAACCACCAGUUCAGCCUCAAAUACCGCCACCCAAUUUCGGUACAGGCUAUCAGCAAAGCUAUAACGGUGGACCCACCAAGCAUCAGAGUAAUAUGAAUUCAAACCGCAUGAAUCCCUACAGUGGUCCUCAAAAUUCAAAUAACUCAUAUAAUAAUAUACAAAUACCACCUGCUCCGGGAUAUGGAGGCUAUAAUGCCGGUCCACCUAAUGGUAAGCCACCCGUCAACAACAACAAUGGUCCCGGGUCGGUUCCCAAUCCCAUGAGCAAUAAUGGACCUUCUUCAAGUGGCAAAUAUCGACGCUAAAUUAUGGACGCCAAUCAAUAGCUUACUGAGUAAAAGGUAUGUGUGCUACAUGCUCAAACAUUUUAGAUUUUAAGUAUAUACUUAUAUAUAAGCAAAUAAAUUACAUAUACAUAUGUAUAUGUAUAUAUAAUUAUAUUGAAAUAAAUCUUACAAACAUAAAGAAGUAUAUUAUUACAGAACACAAAAUAUCCUAAUUAAUUAAACAAAGAAAUGAAGGUUAUUUAUGCAAUAUAAUAUUAAUAUUAUCAGUGUCUAAAACUAAAUUAGAGUAAAACAGAAUUAUUUUUAAUCUUAAAAACAUAAAUAAAUAAGCAGCUUUAGUUUAUAUACAUCAUAUAUAUUAAAAUCAAAUGUGUUUGAAUUGAUUUGAAAUUAAUAACACACAAUUCAUUAACUAAUAUCCCAAUAAAAUCUUAUGUACAAAUAUACCAAAUAUGGACUACCCGUCAAAACUAUAAGGUCACAUACUUUUCAUACUGUUUAUCCGAAAUAAAAAUAGUAUUGACUGGUGCUGUUGGAUAAACUACCAGUUGCUCAAACAUUAUUCGGAUAAUAACCCUUUGCUCGCAUUUCAUAACUGUUAGUUCUAUUUAUAAAUUAAAAUAUCUAAAAUGUGCUUCACAAUUACAAGGUCAUGACUUUUUUUUUCAAUUGACACAUUGAGUAUUUUUGUUUAUUGUUUUAUAACUGCGGUUAGGUAUAGAAUUGAUGAUAUUUUCUAAUGUUUUAGCCUUAUAUUCUACCAAUCAUUCAAAAUUGUCAUUUUCAGCUCUUUAACCGAAUUAUACUGAAUGUUUUCUGAACAAACUUGCCUCACAAGCACUCCAUUGCUCACAUGUUUACCAUUGCACCUGGUGAGCGUGCGGGCAAUUCUAUAAUAGAUAAUCCAUGUUGCACAAAUCAGGUCUUAGUUGGUCUGGAAACAUGGAUUGUACGGUUGUAUUGCUGAUAAAUUUUUUUCCACGGUGUUCUUCCGGUAACUUGAGAGUAAUCCUGGAACUCUAAAAUAUUAAUAAUAGUGAAAGGAGACCAUGGCCCAUAAUCAUAGUCAAACAUUAAAGUCGGUUCUUUUUAAAAAGAACUUUAAAAUAAAACUUUUAAUUAUUUUGCAAGUAUAGUCAAAAUUAAAGUACGUUUUAAAUUGAACCGACUUUAACUGGGUGCCACCUCAAAUGUAGAAAAUGAUUUCAUACAAUAUAGAACAAAAUAUAGACAAGUGUCACCGCUGAACAGCUGAAGUAGAAAAUUUACAAAAAAAAUAUUGGUAAACAAUAAAAGUAACCGGAAAAUCUAAAGAAAAAAAACAUUCGACUUUAACGUCGAAAUUAUAUUUUAACUUGUCUAUGGUAGACCUAAAUUCCACUCUUAAGAAAAGAAGACUUUAUUUCUCUUAAAAUAUGCUUUAUUUUUGACUAUGAUUAUGGGCCCAUGUCUUUAUAAUUUCACUGGAAAUAAACGCAACCCAAACCAUUUCUAUGAAUAAUACAUGGGUUUAUUUAUCAAAUCUUACCAAAAGUCUCUAAAACCAUCUGUACCGAUAAAAUUUUCAGAACAAUUUUACUUUCUUUUAAUGCAAUAAACUUGAUGUAUUUUAGUUGUUAUGCUUUUUCAUUUAUAAAGUGCAAUUUAGUUUAUAUACAGGCCUGUCACACAUUUUCUUCGGAAUGGUUUCAUUCCGAAAGAUAUUUUCGUUUUACUUUUUCUGAAGAAGCGAAAUACGGAAUUAAUUCCACUUUCGAUCGGAAUGGAAUUCUGUGACAGGCCUGAUAGUACACUUUAAUGGCUCUCAAAAUUGUAAUUCCAUCUUAAUCAUAAGUAUUAGCGCUUCCUACAGUGUUUGAAGUCAUUAUUUAAGCAUAGCGUGUUUGUCCCAGACUUUGGUCGACCAGAAUUUUUAUUUUUACCGUAAUUUUUGGGAUCUUUUAAAUAAUUUGCACCACACAAUACGAACGACCUAGAUUUCGUGCAAUUUUUCGUAUCUCCAAUUAAUGUUCUAAAAAUCCACCAAUAUAUCCUUUUUCAAGUUCUCUGUCAGAUUGCCUCUCAAAUUGAACCAUUUAAAUUGUUCCAAUAAAAGUUUUACAAAAAUAACAAUUAUCUAGCAUUUUUUUGCAGAUUUGACGCAUUUUAAAAUGCUCAUUUAAAUAGAACAGAAAUCAAUUUACUCUGAAAACAGUGAAGUAAGUCUUUGUCAUUUGAGAAUAGCAGUCAUCCGUUUUUAUUGGGAUAUUAUUAUAGUAGUUGCGUUCGUAAGUGCAGUAAAUUUGUGCAUCAUUGAUUCAUCUAAAACAAAAUAAUGUGGUUGGUGUUUGCAAAUAUUUGAUAUCCUACCAGCCAUUUGGUUUCAUAAUCGUUGUUAAAAACCAGUGAUGCAAUAUUAAUUAAUACUGCAUUUACGAACGUAACCAAGCAAAAAAUUAAUUUUUAUUUUUUUUAAUAAGUCUAUUUGAAUAACAAAUAAAUUAUUUUAAAAUAAAAAAAAAUAGUUUUGUAUUAAUUAAAAACCUAUAAGUUUAUUAAAAAUAAAAUAUCUAUUAUAUGUAUAAGAAUUUAAAGACGACAACAAAGUUUGUUGACUUUUAAUGUUAUUUUACUAUUUUAUAGAAAAAAAUAUAUAAGAAUCUACUGAAUUAUUUUUUGCAAAGUCACUAUUCAGACAAAUCAUAAAUAAAUUUUUCCAUGACAUCUUUAGUUUAAACUUUUUCGACAAACAAGGUUUUGUAAUAUCAAUAAAUAUUUUUUUAAUUUUGUUAUCUAAUUAUACCUUUACCAUGACCAAACUGAAUCGAACUUGUUCAUAAAAUUACAAAAAUUACAUAGAGAUGUAAUUACUGAUUUAUUUACUACAAUGUUAAUAGUAUCUAAACUGUUGUUUCACAGCGUAAAAUGGUUGUGAAAUUAUAAUAUGCGAUUUGCUCAUCCAUUUGAAAUACCAUACAUUUUUGUCUAACUAGUAAAGUUUCUUCAAGAGUUUUACUUGCCAAUGACUUUGUAAAACUAAAUUAUUCACAUAAAAUAGAAUUUAAAGCAAACAAUUUUAAUUAAUGAAUUUUUUUAUAUCAAUAUUAAACAACUAUGUAAGUUUUUUUUUAUAUAUUUGCCGCUUUUGAACUAUUAGUAUAUUAAACAGAUAAUAUGUUUAUUAAUAUAAGAUAAAUAAUAAAAAUAAACAAUAAAAAUUAAACAACCUAGUAUUUGAUUAUUAUUUAAUUAAAGUUAAACACUUUAAAUUAUUUUUUCUCUUUUAUCUAAUGUAUGUAUUUGAAAAUUUUGCGAGAAAAGGGAUUAUUAUAAUUCUUAUUGUAAUCGUUAAUAAUCGUAUCUUAAUAAAUAUAAAACUAAUUAAAA